AGUGCAUUGUGUAAUAAGAUCAGCCAGCAGGCAGGCAGCGUCAGCCAUGACAAGGCUUCUUAAUGCUUUGCAUAUCCUAGAAAUAAACCGAACUAUUCUAGGGCUCAAUUCAACAAUGAUAUCCCCGGCUUGCAGGCGUCUCCUGCCCUCGCUGACCAAGGGAAGGGGCUGCUUGUUUGUGCAGACUUACAGAGUAACAGCGAGCCAGGGCAGAGCAGUUACAGGGGCAGCAACUGGUACAGUAGAAGAGAAAAGGCUGAAAACAGCAGAAGACCUACCUGGACCAUCUCUGCUCACCAAUAUAUACUGGGUUUUUCUGAGAGGCUACCUACUAUACUCACACGAGUUACAGUUUGUAUACAAAAAGAAAUAUGGCCCCAUGUGGUGGUCAGCUAUGGGACGCUACAAAACUGUUAACAUUGCAGAUGCAGACAUUUUGGAGACUGUGCUGAGACAAGAGGGAAAAUAUCCCAUGAGGAAUGAUAUGGAGGUGUGGAAAGAGUACAGGCGAAAAAGGGAUCUACCAUAUGGCCCUUUUACUGAAGAAGGGCCUCGGUGGCAAACAUUACGCUCUAUACUCAACAAGCGGAUGCUCAAGCCAGCUGAGGCUGUGCUUUACACCGGGGUGGUGAACGAAGUGGUGACAGACUUCAUCAUGCGAUUGGAUGAAAUGCGAAAAGAAACCCCUUCUGGAGAUAUGGUGAAUGACCUUGCCAAUGUCCUGUAUAGAUUUUCCUUUGAAGGUAUCUCGUAUAUUCUUUUUGAGACCAGGAUUGGCUGUCUUGAGAAAAAUGUCCCACCUGAGACCCAGGCUUUCAUUGAUUCUAUUGGUAGUAUGCUGAAGAAUUCUGUAUUUGUCACAAUUCUGCCUGCUUGGACCAAUAAUAUGCUUCCUUUCUAUAAACGUUACAUAGAAAGCUGGGACAAUAUAUUUGCUUUCGGGAAGAAAAUGAUUGAUCAAAAAAUGAAUAAGAUUCAAGAACGUUUGGAGCGAGGUGAAGAAAUACAAGGAGAGUACUUGACAUAUUUGCUCUCCAGUAGCAAACUAACCGAUAAGGAAAUAUAUGGCAGUGUGGCUGAGCUGCUUUUGGCUGGAGUGGACACCACAUCAAACACAUUAUCAUGGGCAAUGUACCACCUAUCGAGAAAUCCAGAGAUUCAGAAUGACUUGUAUAAGGAGGUGACCAGUGUUGUCCCUGGAGAUGGCAUCCCCACUGCAGAUGACAUCUCCAGAAUGUCGCUGCUGAAGGCUGUGGUUAAGGAAACCCUGCGGAUGUACCCUGUUGUACCAACUAAUUCGCGAGUUGCUGCAGAGAAACCAAUAAUAAUUAAGGACUACUACUUUCCAAAAGAUACACUUUUCGCCCUGAGCAGCUAUGCUAUAGCUCGAGAUGAGAACAGUUUUCCUGAACCCCACAAAUUUAUUCCACAACGAUGGAUUCGAGAUGGUCCUAUAAAGCAUCAUCCCUUUAGCUCAAUACCCUUUGGAUAUGGGGUUCGAGCAUGUGUUGGGCGCAGAAUUGCAGAGCUGGAAAUGCACAUGAUAUUAUCACGGAUAAUCAAGAAGUUUGAGAUCAGACCAGACCCUCAAAGGACUGAAAUUAGAUCUAUGGCCAGGAUUGUCUUGGCACCAAACAAACCUAUGAACCUGCAAUUCGUGGACAGAAAUUCUGCAUCUCAGAAAUCUGCUUAAUUAACAAUGUGCUAUUCAGAUCUGAUAGUAAAAACAUGGCUUAACUAUUUAACAGCCACAAACUAGUAUGCCAGACAAGUAUGUAACCAAAUACAAUUUAGCAUUUGUAAAAUGUUCAAACAUUUAAUGAAACAGCAUAAAAUUAAAUAUAUAAUUUGUAUAUAUUUUAAUACAUGUGACCCAAUAAACAAUAUAAUUUUUGCUUUUUAUUGACCAACAAUCAGAUCUAUCUCAAUCUGUUAGAAAAGCUGUGCAAAACUAAUCGAUUUUUUUGUGGGUUUUUUUAAAUUUAAAGUCAUUCCAAUUAAUGGAUGAAAGUUUUGUCAAAUGGCUUUGCACAUUUGCCAUAUUGAUGCUUGAAAUGAGGAUACAGGGGACUUUUAAAGAAACAGUUUAAAAUAAUGUUUUAUUAUUAUAAGAACACUGACAUAUGCAUUUUUAAUAAGUGUCCUCAACUCUAGUGCUUUGCAUUUAGAGAGACCCCCUCCCACCGCAGCUAUUCAAAUUAAAUUUAAAAAAAUGUUUAAAUGUAUUUUUGUAUUAUUUCUGCACUUUCCUAAUUUAAAACCUUUUGACCUAUUGAAAAAAAAUAACAAUUUUUUUUAUUCCUGGUUUCUAAAAGCACAUGUUAUUAAAUGAUUGUUACCUAGUUUUUAAAUGUUGCCCCAUUCACCUUUGUGUUGUGUUAAAAAAAAUGUUAAUUGCACAAAAUAUGAAUUGAUAUUAAAAAAAACAAACAUUUGUCAUCAAAAUUA